AUGAAGGGCAGUGGCUGCAGUCAAGCAUCAUCAAGAGGAGACAUGAAUGUGAAACCUGCAUGGCUAGAGAGGCUUAUGGCUGAGACAUUCUUUGGUGGUUGUGGGGUCCACCAGAAUCACAAGAAGAACGAGAAGAACGUCUUUUGCUUGCACUGUUGCCUUAGCAUCUGCCCCCACUGUCUCCCUUCUCACCCUUCCCAUUCUCUUCUCCAGGUUUUUGCUGACAUUCAACUUUGGAGGUUUUCUGAUAGUGUGAGAAGGUAUGUGUAUCAUGACGUGGUUCGAUUGGGUGAUCUAGAAAAGCUCGUCGAUUGCUCCAAUAUUCAGUUUGAGGGUCUAAGAGUUGAUUGCUAUGCCCAAUUUGUCCCCACUUCCUCCUGCUCAAAUGGUGGUGAGGCUACCACUAGCAUUGCCACCACCAACAACAAGAACUCCAAUGGCUUCUUCAUCUCUCUAGGAAGCAGAAGAAAGGGGGCUCCCCAUAGAGCUCCUCUCUCUUAG